UGUACAAGUCUUCGUUGCGUUCCACUGAACCAAUUUAUAGAGCAGUUCUAAUCUACAUAGCGACGAGCGGAGGCUUAUAAUCAUGGCUACUAGUAUCAUCAUUGUAAUAUGGAUGCUUGGUAUACUAAUAUCAAUCAUCAACUGCCGGGCUGUAGACGACCGCCGCACAAACGAAGGAGCUACUCAUUUAAAAAGUGAACUUUUCUCACAGAGCCAGCAUAUAGAUAGUCUGCAGCUUCCCAAAGCAACCGAACUGAUAUUGGAAUCUUUCACACUCGAGCACUGGGAUUCGGCUCUGUUCAGCAAGUUGAACCGAACGCGUCAUCUCACGCUGCUGAACGGGAACAUCCCGAUGAUAACGUUUGUGUCGGACAGUUUAGAAUCAUUUACAGUGGUUCAGACGAAUUUGUCCUCUUUCAAAGUGAUCGCACAGACGAAUCACGGGCUGAAAACAUUACAGCUAGUCCGGAACAAGCUGCGAUCACUUCCUGACAAUUUGAGAUUUCUGGUUGGUCUCAUCACGUUGGAUCUUUCUCAGAACCAUCUCGAAUACAUUGAUCUGAAUCAGUUUUCCACUAUGAAGGCUUUGAAGAACCUUGAUUUGUCGGUUAACAAAAUCCGCUCCAUCGAAGCGCCGGCGGAUUUAACCUUUGCUAAAAUGAAAAAUCUCUGGAUCAGCUAUAACCAGCUGGAACAGUUCGAUGGCUUUCCUCGAUCCUUUCCGGCGCUGGAGACUGUUCGAUUAAUCGGAAACCUGUGGACCUGUUCGUGGGUAGACCGUGCCCGGAAGGAUAUCAUGGAACGUGGAAUUGUUACCUUCGGAGUGGACUACGGCUGCAGUGAGCACCGGCAGGGAGGAUUGUGCUGCUACGGAGCGACAACGAGCAUAACGGUAGGUAGUCUGCUCAGUGAGGGACCACUGAUUAGGGAGAUACAGAAACUAACCAACGAGUUAGCUGUUAAUCCGCUCAACAUGUCCGGGGAGCAAUCGUUGGAGCUGCUGACGAAAGGUAGCGGGGAAAAUGAGGGAACAAUUUUGGUAGGUGUUAAGCGGGAUAGAGUGAAGGUAUUUUUCUGAUUAAAAUAAAAUGUUUUAACGUA